CAAACCUCGAAAGCUGGUCACUCUUUCUUUCUCUCACGUACGUGGUUUCUUUCCCUUUGGAAUUUCCAUUUACCGAUUUUUCUCUCAGAAACAGCAGCGCCGUCUCGUGAGAAGAACGCUCUUUCAGCAAACAGGGCAAUACAUCUAUCAUGGAGACUACAAGGUACCCGCACACCUAUCUAAGCCUUUGUGUUGCUACGGCACUAAUAGUGAUGAGUGUUAUGCUUGUCCUGUCAAAUGUUGUUAAACAUCAAAAUUUUGAAGAAAAGUGGGUUUCUGUCAGCCAAGAUGAUGCUACGUUACUUUAUCUGAAGCUUAAGUGGGAAAAUGCACCAGCAGGUUCUGAAAAAAAGUUAAAAGCACAAAAAGAGUUAGAAGAUGAAAUUGCUGAUAGGAAGCAUGCUGACAACAGUGUAUAUCGCAUAUUGAAUCAUUUGUUUGGAAAAGAGACUAGUUCUACUAUGUUGACUUCUACUCCUUUACCUGGUGCUGAAACCAGUUGUCUUAAAAUGAUGAUAAAAACUUAUGAGCAAGGCUGUGGUGUCUUAUCAGAUUAUGGAAUGAAAUACACAAUGGUUUUUGCAAACAUGUGCAACGCUGGCAUUUCUGAGAAACAAAUGACUGAUGCAGCUUCUCAAGCUUGUCCGGCGAAAAAAAAGUAGUAAUUCUUAAAUUUCU